AUGGUUGAAGAAGCGGUGAUUGUCCGUAUUCCUGGAGGCAAGGCCGGCCAGGUCAUUGAGCAGCCCAUCAAUUCCUUUGACAUGAUGGAGACCAUUGCGGAUAUGGCCAACGUCAAUGUGUCUCACAUACGCUUUGCCAAGAGCUUCUUGGCUCAACUUCACGGAUCACCAGGAGAUUCCAACAGAACAGUGUACAGCGAAGGUGGAUUCCUGUACCAUCGUGAGAUUGAGCCAUUUGAUCCUUUCCAAGCGGAUACUUAUAAAGACCCGCAUAAUCUCUACUACCCACGUGGAAAGGAGGAGGUGGAGGAGGGAAUUCCCCGUGCAGUGAUGGCCAAGAACAUGAACUAUAAGUUGGUGUUCAGAGCUGACGGAGUGUCCGAGUUCUACGAUCUCAAGGAGGACCCACGGGAGCUAACGAACAUGUACGACAAUGUGAAAUACAAAGAGGUUCGCGAUAAAAUGCUCAUGGAUCUUCUGGACUGGUUUGUGAAAACGGGCGAUGUCACACCUCUCGCGGAAGACCCUCGAGGUGCUCCAAAACCACCCCACUGAAACGGAGCAAAACAAAUGUCCAAUGGAGAACAGCUUAGUAACUUAUUCUAGCGAUAAGGGCUACUUAGCUAUAAACCUUGCAUAUAGCUGCGACAAGAGGCGACUGCUUGGAUGUCUUCUUAGUCUAGGAACAUGCUGUGCAGCUCAGAGCCUGGGGUGGAAUGCGGAAGAUGGAGGUGUUUUCAAUAUGAUUACAUGUCCAAAUGUUUCUAUUCUGAAAUCCAGUUUUACAUUACAUUGCGUAAUUCAUAUUUUCGCUUUUCUUUGCAUAAAAGUCGGCGUGGAGACAAGAAACCUAAUAUCGAUGAAAGUAAAGUGAGUGCACUCAUACCACUAGAACAAUGGAACGAUAUUACAUUUUGUAUUAUUAGGGUUUUUGUAGUCCAACACUCAGUUUGAUGAUGAUUUCUGAUGAUAAUCACCUGAAGACGAAGUUCAAAUCCUAAAAUAUUGUUCCAUUGUUCCCGUGGUAUGAGUGCGCUCGCUCACUUUACUUUCAUCAAUAAUUCUUUGCAUAGUGAGUAAAUAUCAGGAUGGCAGGAGGGUGUAUGCCGUAACCUUUAGGCUGUCCUGUCAGACAGUAUUUAUAUCAAAAGUUGAAAACCGAUUUUAUUUUCAGACAUAACUAGUUUAAUAGUAGCAUAAAUACUCUUAGCCACCUGGAUAUCUACCACUGUUGGGGCUGUCAUUGGUGAUAAUGCUCACAUUACUCUCAA